CUCCGUUCGCCUGAAACGAAGAGAUCUCGGUCAUCUUGAGCUGGGACUCUGGGCGAGUGCAUCAACCAUUAUUCCGAGAGGGCGGAAUUGCGCCGGAAAUCAAAUCGCGGGGAAAUGCAGAAGAAGGUGGAGCCGUGGACGAGCAGCUCCGUGGCUUUGUCCCCGACCAGAAUCCAGCCGGUUUCAACCCAUUGCCGGGCUUUGCAAUCGGCUUGUUCUCCGAUCAGUGACCUUAUAACUAGCGGCGAUCUGCUCGUGGUCUUUGCUUCGCUCAACUUCCCCCGCACAUCCCUUACGAGACAGAGGGAAUCGCCAUCAUGGUCUACACUGCGUCUUUUGCCUUUUUUGAGGCCCUCUGGGAGGCCGGCGUCUCGCAUGUCUUCGUCAACCUGGGCUCUGACCACCCCUCCAUCCUCGAGGCGAUGGUCAAGGGGCAGAAGGAGAAGCCCGACGAGUUCCCCAAGAUCAUCACCUGCCCCAACGAGAUGGUGGCGCUGUCGAUGGCCGACGGUUACGCCCGCUUGACCGGCAAACCGCAGUGUGUGAUUGUCCAUGUCGAUGUCGGCACGCAAGGACUGGGGGCUGCCGUGCAUAAUGCUUCCUGUGGUCGCGCGCCUGUCUUGAUCUUCGCCGGUCUCUCCCCCUUCACCAUCGACGGUGAGAUGCGCGGAUCCCGCACCGAAUACAUUCACUGGAUCCAAGAUGUCCCCGACCAGAAACAGAUCGUCUCCCAAUACUGUCGCUACUCGGCGGAAAUCCGAUCCGGCAAGAAUGUCAAGCAGAUGGUCAAUCGCGCUUUGCAGUUUGCGACGAGCGAUCCCAAGGGUCCCGUUUACUUGGCCGGUGCUCGAGAGGUCAUGGAGGAGGAGAUCACACCCUAUCAGGUGAAUCAGAACGUGUGGGGUGCUGUUGCGCCAUCUGCCUUGCCCGCCGACGGCGUCGCAUUGAUCGCGCGGGAGCUCGCCGCCGCCAAAGAACCGCUGGUGAUUGUGGGAUACUCGGGUCGUGUCACACAGGGCGUCCAGGAGCUAGUCACGCUGGCCGAUACAUUCAAGGGGAUCCGCGUUUUGGACACCGGCGGAAGCGACAUGUGUUUCCCCGGUGAUCACCCGGCGUCCUUGGGACUGCGGUUUGGCGUGCAUGAUGCCGUGAAGACGGCCGACUUCAUCCUCGUCGCAGACUGCGACGUACCCUGGAUUCCGACGCAAUGCAAACCCUCCGACUCGGCCAAGAUCGUCCACGUUGACGUGGACCCCUUGAAACAGCAGAUUCCCGUCUUCUACCUGCCUUCCAUGGCCACCUUCCGGGCGGAGUCCGCCACCGCGUUCAAACAGAUCAACGAAUACGUUGCAUCCAACGCCUCGCUGCAGCAAAUCAUCAGCUCCGAGGAAAAUGCAACCCUCGGAAAGAACCGUGAAGAAGCAUACAAGAAAGCCCGUCAGGCCGUGACCGACCUGGCCGUGGUGCCCUCGGGCGGCGAUGACGCUUCUCUGAACGCAUCCUACUUCAUCUCUGAGGUCCGCAAGGGCUGCCCCGCAGACACCAUCUGGGCCAUCGAGUCUGUGACCCUCACCGGCAUCGUAGCCGACCAGAUAAACGCCACGCUGCCCAAAUCCUGGAUCAACUGCGGCGGCGGCGGACUCGGCUGGUCCGGCGGAGGCGCUCUGGGCAUCAAGCUGGCCACUGACGACCAGCACGGCGGCAAGAACAAGGGCAAAUUCGUCUGCCAGAUCGUCGGAGACGGCACCUACCUAUUCUCCGUGCCGGGCUCGGUCUACUGGAUCUCGCGACGCUACAACAUCCCCAUUCUCACCAUCGUGCUGAACAACAAGGGCUGGAACGCCCCGCGUCGAAGCAUGCUGCUGGUGCAUCCUGAGGGUGAUGGCUCGCGCGCCACCAACGAGGAGCUGAAUAUCUCGUUCGCCCCGACCCCCGAUUACCCGGGGAUCGCGAAGGCCGCGUCCGGAGGCGAGGUCUGGGCUGGUCACGCAGGCACCGUGGCGCAGUUGGCCAAGCUGUUGCCGGAAGCUAUUCAGACGGUGCAGAAUGGAACUUCGGCGGUGCUGGAGGCACAGCUGGAUGGAACCGUGGGGAAGUAUGUUGAGAAGAAUUAGACGUCUAAAUCUAAACCGUGGAUAUAUGAUACAUGCAUGAUAUGAGAGAAUUAUUAUUUAGUACAGUCUUACAUAGGCCG